AUGAAAAGUGCUUAUGACCGUAAAGAUCCAAAAAUAGAGAUCCCGGAUGGCGCACAGUUCGGCUUGCCAAUUCUCUUCGGCCAAUAUUCUCCCGAGUUCUUCGCUCUCCUUCAGGAAUGGAUCCGGGUGUGCGACUCGGACCAUGAAACUUGCCAUCGCAAAGAGAACAAUGCACCGAGUAAGCCAACACGGCUAAUUGAGAUAGGUAAGCAGUUUCGUCUUGUAGAGACGGCAAACAUCGAAUAUUGCCAAUAUGUCGCGCUCAGUCACUGCUGGGGACCCUUGGGAGAGAACGAGAAAUUCUGCACAUACAAGCGUAACAUCGAACAGUUGAAGACGGGCAUCAAUUUCGAGGCUCUACCACCUACCUUUCAGGACGCUGUAACCACGGCUCGUGGCUUGGGGAUUGACUACAUUUGGAUUGAUUCGUUAUGCAUCAUCCAAGAUGACGACGACGACUGGCAGCGUGAGUCAGCUAAGAUGGAGCUCGUGUUCAGCAUGGCGUACUGCACGAUUGGCGCAAGUUCGGCAAAAUCUUCGCUAGAUGGCUUUUUGCAUGAGCGAACACCGCGAACUGUCAUCAAGCUGGCUGCGACAAGUACUAAAGUCACUUACGCUUGUGUCGACAUUGAUGACUUUCAUGCUGAUGUAGAACUCAGCGCGCUCAACAGCCGGGGCUGGGUACUGCAGGAGAGAGCAUUGUCUCGCCGGACCAUAUUCUUUACUUCUGCGCAGAUCUAUUGGGAGUGCGGAGCUGGGAUUCAUUGCGAGACGCUCGCUCGCCUUGAGAAUUCUAAAGUUGCUCUUCUGGGUGACGCAAACUUUCCCAAUGCCGCUGUCGAACAUUACCGGGACGGUAGGCAACUGCUCAUUCAGGAUCUCUACGAAAGAUACUCGGGUCUGGCAUUUACUAAGCCUGCAGACCGAUCAGUUGCCAUUCUGGGCUUGCAAGAAAGACUCGCCCGGACUUUCCGGACCAGAGCUGCCUAUGGCCUUUUCGAAGAAUAUUUCGCCCGAGGGCUCCUCUGGAAACGUCGCGAUCUAACACGCAUGAAGCGCAUUGGUCAGCCACCUGGUCGUCGCGUACCGUCAUGGUCGUCUCUCUCGAUAGAAGGCAGCAUCCAAUACAUGGACGCCACGACCGAGUUGAGAUUCAAGGAAAUUGAUUGGGCAGUAGACAAUUUCAAGAACCCUUUCUCGGUGGUUGGCGGUAUUGAGUCCGCUUCAUUUUUAGGAUUCGCCAGGAAGAUUAACUUGUCCAAAUACGACAUGUUGGUUACAAUUGUAUUUGACGAUAGCGAAGAGUUCGCUGUCGAGGAGCUGAGGUGCGUAGUCAUUGGAAGGGACAAGAUGGGAGACGGCAAAUUCGACUUGAAGUGCCACGUGCUAGUUAUCCAUCAAAGCCGUAAUGCGUCGAGAGAUCUCAUUUACGAACGAGUUGGCGUGGCAUCACUCGAGCCUGCAGUGAUCGCAAGUGAAGGGUCAUGGGUAGCUAUCUGCUGA